AUGGCGUCCCACUUCCCCUCGCUCGCCGGCCUCCUCGCCCCACGCCCGCUGCUCCUCUACGCGGCCACGUGGUCCGCCGUCGCCGCCAUGUCCGUGGCCGUGGCGGCUCUCGCGCCCGAGCUCGCCUACGUCUGGGGCGUCGCGCCGGGAGCGCCGCUCACCAGGGCAUGCCCCGAUGGCAACUUCGCUGGCGGCAGCAUCGGGCUGCCGCUCGACGGUCCGCCGUGGGACGCCGUCUGCGUGCCCGCUGGCCUCUUCGGCCGGACCGUGCCGGACGUGGUCGUCCCGCUUGUUUUCGCCGUCGUGGUCGUCGCCGGCGCCACCGCCUUCACCGCCGCCGUCGGCGUGUGGGAGGACGAUGAAGACGACAUCGAGAUCACCGAGGUAGGACAGGUGUAG